CCAAAGAAGUGUAGUAGUUGUCGUUCCUGAUAGUUGGAUUUUCAUCAACAUGUGCAUCUGUGAUUCGAACACGAACUUAUAUCCUGUCCUUGAUUCGAACUAGUGUACAUUCGGAGAAAUCAUGCCUCGUUAUGCUCAGCUUGUGAUGGGCCCUGCGGGGUGUGGAAAGUCCACCUACUGUAGCAAUAUUGUGAAACACUGUGAAGUACUGAAAAGAUCUGUACAAGUGGUCAAUCUUGACCCAGCUGCAGAGCAUUUUGACUACCCAGUUUAUGCAGAUAUCCGAGAACUAAUUCAAAUUGAUGAUGCAAUGGAAGAUGAAGACUUGCACUUUGGGCCCAAUGGAGGACUUGUGUUUUGUAUGGAGUAUCUGAUGCAGAAUCUUGACUGGCUUCAUGAACAACUGGAUGAUGUUGAAGAUGAUUAUAUUCUUUUUGAUCUUCCAGGGCAGAUAGAGCUGUACACUCACAUCCCUGUUAUGAGGCAGUUGGUUGAUUCUCUUCAAAACUGGAACUUUCGCGUGUGUGGUGUCUUCCUGCUUGAUGCACAGUUUCUUAUUGAGCCCUCAAAGUUUGUAUCUGGAAUUCUGACAGCCCUGUCUGCCAUGGUCAGCAUGGAGAUUCCUCAUGUCAAUGUUAUGUCCAAGCUUGACCUCCUCAGCAAAAAGGACAGGAAGGGUCUGGAGAGAUACCUAGAACCAGAUGUGAAAAGUCUGCUCACAGAAGAGUUUGAUGACAAAAAAUUUGGCCAUCGUUUCAAAGCAUUAAAUACAGCAAUGGCAUCAAUGAUAGACGACUAUAGUCUGGUGACGUUCCUACCACUAGACCCAAAUGAUGAAGACAGCAUCAAUAAUGCACUCAUCCAGAUAGAUAAUGCCAUUCAGUAUGGUGAAGAUUUGGAGCCACGCGAAUACAGGGAAGCUGAUGAUAUCAGCGCAGACGAUGACAGUGGAAUGGACUAAGUGGGUGGGGGGGUUAAAGGUAAAGUUAUUACAGUGACAUUGUAGUUGCUGGGGAGUGAAGUGUUAAGGGACAUUCUAUCAGGGCUAGCAUUUUGUGAAACUAGCUGAGGAAAGUACUCUUCAUUACAAGAAUAUCAAAGCAGUGAGUUUGUGCAGGAAAAAAUAGAAGAAUAAGAUAAUGUUAAUCAACAAGGAAUGCCUUUGUCUUUCAUUGUUUCUGUAAUUACUGUCGACCAGACUGGUAAGCAAGACAGUCUGGCAUAAAUAGGUUGUAACCCUGACCAGAUGAGGUACAUCCUUUACCAGACUGGAAACUUGCAUUGUGUAUCAUCAUUACACAUUGCAAACAUUGUACACAAUGCAAGAUAUUUCCAACAGCUAUGCAUGAGUUACAAAUGAAAUUUGGUGGGUGAUGUGUCAUAGAAUGAACACAAGAAUAACUGAAAAUGUGUCAGAGAGAGAGAAUGUGUGUAUAGAAAGGGCUCCUGAUGUUUGAGAAUGCAUUCAGAGAAAUGUCAUGCUCUUUACGCGAUCUUGUAAAAAAAGUGUUUAAAGAAUAAAAUUCGUAUGUGUACUUUU